AUAUCAAAUAGUUCUCGCUCUCGCGUCGCCGUGGAGUGUCUCGCCCGCGCUCGCUUCCGUGUCUGUUUUUGGACCAAGUGAGAGUCUCGGCAUUGUUCGCGAGGAAAGCCGAGAUCAUUAACUACACUCUCGCGUGAUUCAAUGCCAUAGUAUUAUAUUAUAAUCACGUUAUUCUGUCCGCUGUGCACAUAAGAAAAGCAACGAAUGAGAUAUGUGGGACCAUGAAAGUGAAUUACAUUUCUUAGAGAUAUAUAAAACUGAAUCUGUAUUAUGGGAACCAAGUCAUAAAUUCUACAAAAAUCGCAAAAAGUUGCAAGAUGCUUGGCUUAGGAUAUCGGAACAAACUGGAUAUUCAGUGGAUGAACUGAAGAGAAAGAGGGACUCUUUAAUGGCAACAUACAGAGGACACCUACGCAAAAUUCAAACAACAAUGAAAUCUGGCCUAGGUCGUGAACACGUUUACGAACCGAUUUGGUUCGCCUUUGAAUUUAUGAAUUCAUUUUUAGGACAUCUAUAUAAAUCCAAAAACACAGUAAAAGCGGAAAAUCAAGGUAACCGAUAUGAUGAUGAAGAUGAAACUGAUGAUAGACAAGAAAUUCCGAUGGAAACAGUUUAUAUAGAAGGUAUGAAGGAAGAAGCUCCACGACCAGCAACAACACGACGCCGAAUAAAUCCACCGGAACUAAUGGAUACCAGCAAAAUUAUGAAACAGGCUAUAUGUACUUUGAACACCAUCUUACAAAAAAAAAGUGACACACGAGAAGAUGAUUGUGAUAGAUAUGGCAAAAUUUUAGCCAAUAAACUUAGGAAACUCUGUGAAGACGAGCGAUUACAAAUAAUGUAUGAAAUUGAUGGGCUGUUUAUUAAAAACAUGCAAAAUAAGUCUUUAAGUACCACUAUUUAUAAUACCGCAGAUUAAAAUGGUUAUAAUUUACCAACGUCACUCACAAUAGGUAAGCCUUGAAAAUAAAUAAAUAAAUAAAAGGUUGAUUUGUGAAGAAUAAAAACUUGUUUCUUGUUCUUUUUCUCACUUUAUAGUCUAAGAACCAGCUGCUGUCAGACCUUCAUGAUUCACAAACAACAAUAUUAUUUUUCACUUUAUUAAUAUAAUCACUACAAUAAUAGCACUUUAUAGAUAUACAGUUAUUAACAUGCUUUUGUGUCCUGUUCUCGUGUGUCGAUAAACUAUCGAUAGUGAAGUGAACAAUAGACAAUGAGAUAUGUUGUUUUACCCAAAGAUAUAUAUUUUUAUAUUAUACCCAGGCAUAUUUACAUCUUUCACCCAUUAAUAUUCUGAUCAAAAUAAAGAGAAACAAUAGGUAGCAAAGCAACAUAAUUCUAUACAUAAUGUGAU